AGACCGGAAGCCACGGUCGCGUCCCCAUCCUUAGAUUCGCUCCCCCGAGCUGGGAGCGGAGACGGAGGAGGAGGGAGAGGCUGAAUGUUGGCUCCGUAAUAAAGGGGAGCGGCCGCUCCGGAGCCUCCUCCCGGGGCGCCCCCCCCCAUCUCGCCCGCUCCCUGCGACCCACCCGGCUCCUGGACGCCCGGCCCCCGAGGCCGGCCCGGCAGCGCAGACCUUCGCUGAAGAGACUCGGCCAGUGGCGGGGACUGGCCGGCGGCGUCCGAGGCCCGCGCCCCGCCGCCACCCCCACCCGCUAGCCCGCCGGUCCCUCCGGCCGCCGCCAUGUCCUCCUCCUCAUCCUCUCCCAGGGAGACGUACGAGGAGGACCGCGAGUACGAGAGCCAGGCCAAGCGCCUCAAGACCGAGGAGGGGGAGAUCGACUACUCGGCCGAGGAAGGCGAGAACCGCCGGGAAGCGACGCCCCGGGGCGGGGGCGAUGGCGGCGGCGGCGGCCGGAGCUUCUCACAGCCGGAGGCAGGUGGAAGUCAUCAUAAAGUUUCUGUUUCACCUGUUGUCCAUGUUCGAGGACUCUGUGAAUCUGUGGUGGAAGCAGACCUUGUGGAGGCUCUGGAGAAAUUUGGGACAAUAUGCUAUGUUAUGAUGAUGCCGUUUAAACGGCAGGCUCUAGUGGAAUUUGAAAACAUAGAUAGUGCCAAAGAAUGUGUGACGUUUGCUGCGGAUGAACCUGUGUACAUUGCUGGUCAACAGGCUUUUUUCAACUAUUCUACAAGCAAAAGGAUCACUCGACCAGGAAAUACUGAUGAUCCAUCAGGAGGCAACAAAGUUCUUCUGCUAUCAAUUCAGAAUCCUCUCUAUCCAAUUACAGUGGAUGUUUUAUACACUGUAUGCAACCCUGUUGGAAAAGUACAACGUAUUGUUAUAUUCAAGAGAAAUGGGAUACAGGCAAUGCUUAUGUUUGAAUCAGUCCUUUGUGCCCAGAAAGCUAAAGCAGCACUCAAUGGAGCAGAUAUAUAUGCUGGAUGUUGCACACUAAAAAUCGAAUAUGCAAGGCCAACUCGUCUAAAUGUUAUUAGGAAUGACAAUGACAGUUGGGACUACACUAAACCGUAUUUGGGAAGACGAGAUAGAGGAAAGGGUCGCCAGAGACAAGCCAUUUUGGGAGAACACCCUUCUUCGUUUAGACAUGAUGGCUAUGGAUCCCAUGGUCCAUUAUUGCCUUUACCGAGUCGUUACAGAAUGGGCUCUCGAGAUACACCUGAGCUUGUUGCAUAUCCAUUGCCACAGGCUUCUUCCUCUUACAUGCAUGGAGGAAAUCCCUCUGGUUCAGUUGUAAUGGUUAGUGGAUUACAUCAGCUAAAAAUGAAUUGUUCAAGAGUGUUCAACCUAUUCUGCUUAUAUGGAAAUAUUGAAAAGGUAAAAUUUAUGAAGACCAUUCCUGGUACAGCACUGGUAGAAAUGGGUGAUGAGUAUGCUGUAGAAAGAGCUGUCACACACCUUAACAAUGUCAAAUUAUUUGGGAAAAGACUUAAUGUUUGUGUGUCUAAACAACAUUCAGUUGUUCCAAGUCAAAUAUUUGAGCUGGAGGAUGGUACAAGUAGCUACAAAGAUUUUGCAAUGAGCAAAAAUAAUCGCUUUACAAGUGCUGGUCAAGCAUCUAAGAAUAUAAUCCAGCCACCUUCAUGUGUGCUGCAUUAUUACAAUGUUCCAUUGUGUGUCACAGAGGAGACCUUCACGAAGUUAUGUAAUGACCACGAAGUUCUUACAUUCAUCAAAUAUAAAGUGUUUGAUGCAAAACCUUCUGCCAAAACACUUUCUGGGCUAUUAGAAUGGGAGUGCAAAACUGAUGCAGUAGAAGCCCUUACAGCACUUAAUCACUACCAGAUAAGAGUUCCAAAUGGUUCCAAUCCCUACACAUUGAAGCUGUGCUUUUCUACAUCAUCCCAUUUAUAAGAAGAGAAGAGCAUGUUAGAAUUUAUGUUCACCUUUAUUACAAUUUUAAAGCUACACUUCAUUAAAAAGAAAACUAAGAUGGUUGAUCUAAUGUUGCCUUGCUUACUUUGAUUUAAGAUCCUGUUCUGUAAUAAACAAAUAUUUUGCCUUGAGUAAACUUGUUGUAAAGUUAAAUAUUGAAUUGUUUUCAUUUUAAAAUAGAAUGUCCUAAUGUAGACUAUCUACAGCUUCCUUGUAGAUUACGCAAAUAUAUGAUUUCUAAUCUUAUUAUUUUUCUUCCACAGUGAAAAUAUAUUUGCAUUCUUAAUGCUAAUUAUCUGCAAGUAUUUUUCCAUUGUGUAUGAGAUUAAUGCAGGUGAAAGUAUUGCAUUUUAAUAUUAUAGAAUUCCUAUUAUAUGUUUAGAUGUUUAAGUAUGUUGCAGUUAUUCAUAUUAAACAUAACUUGUAUUUAUUAAGUAUUUUAAUCAAGUUUGAGAAUAACAUUGCACACAAUGAAUUUUAAGUACUAAAGAUUUAGCUGAUUUUAUAUUUCUGAAAGGCUAACAGACAUGGAUACACUUGUACAGUAUGCACUCAAACUUAUUUAAAUUGGUGUAAUUUUUUUUUUUUUUAAGUCAUUGUCCAUUUGUAUUGCCAUGCCUCUGUUUCUAGUUCCAGUUUGGAGAUUUUAUAAAGUUACAACAAUGAGUUAAUGUGUUCAUCUUCAUUUGUUGCAUGUGACUUGAUCUUGAAAACACAUCUGGUAUUUGGCAUUAAGCUUUUAAUAGAAGUUAUGAUUAAUAAUUCCUAACCUGAGAUCCAUGAAUGGGCUUUAGGGAGUCCCAGAACCCCUUAAAAUUGUAUGUAGAAUUUUGGGUACUUGCAUUUUUAUUUUUUACUCUUGAAUCCAUCAGUAAUAUAUGUAUUUUUCUAUAUGGUGCAAGGUGUAAGGAUCUAAUUUUAUUUUUAUUCCAAACAGAUAGCUAUUUGUUUCAACACCAUUUAUUAAACAUUCUUUCUCCCACUGGAUCUGUUUUUUUUCCUUUUUUUAGAAAGAAUAUAUCGUAAGGAAGGUGUAAAUAGGGUGUAAAACAUGGUAUUAAGAGACUAUAUAUACGGGCGCCUGGGUGGCUCAGUCGUUAAGUGUCUGACUUUGGCUCAGGUCAUGAUCCCAGGGUCCUGGGAUCGAGCCCGCAUCGGGCUCCCUGCUCAGCGGGAAGCCUGCUUCUCCCUCUCCCACUCCCCCCUGCUUGUGUUCCCUCUCUCGCUGUGUCUCUCUCUGUCAAAUGAAUAAAUAAAAUCUUAAAAAAAAAGACUAUAUGUAGCACACUUGAGUGCCUUGGUGGCUCAGUUGGUUAAGCGUCUGCCUUCAGCUCAGGUCAUGAUCCCAGGGUCCUGGGAUGGAGCCCUGCAUUGGGCUCCCUGCUCAGUGCGGAGUCUGCCUCUCUCUCUCCCUCUGCCUGCCACUCCCCUUGCUUGUGCUUGCUCUCUUUCUCUCACUCUUGUAAAAAAUAAAAUCUUAAAAAAAAAGAGAGACUAUAGUACACUUGUUAUCAAAUUCAUUUUUUAAGAUGAGUUAAUUAAUUUGACAUAGCGCAUAAGCAGGGGGAGAAGCAGGCUCCCCACUGAGCAGGAAGCCUGAUGCGGGGCUCAAUCCCAGGACCCUGGGAUCAUGACCUGAGUUAAAGCAGACAAAGCUUAACCAGCUGAGCCACCCAGGUGCCCCCAAUUCAUAGCUUUUUUAUAAUAAAAAUGUGAUAUAGCCAUUUUAUAUUUAUCUUCAAAAGAGGGAAAAUGUUUCAUCUACCCAGAUUAACUGAAUAGUUGGCAAUAGCAGUUUUGUGAUCUUGAGACUUUUAAAUUUGCAAGUAGACGUUCCAUUUAGAUCUUUUGUAAAAGUUUUAUUUUGAAUUUUAACUUAAAAGAGUUUGCCUUAAUCCUUUUAGAAAUGAGACAGGGGUUUAAAAAGUUUAGAGCUAUUGAAUAGAAAGUUAAGCUGGAAACUAAACACACAUUAACAUUUACUUCCCCUUGAAUUUUAAUAGCUGCGGACAAUGUCCCUUUAGCCCUCUAAAGACCUAGAAAAAUUUAAAUUCAGUCCAGAGGCGUUUUAGACUCUUAACGAUGGAAUACAGUAUGUUUUGCCGAGGGUAACUUUGUGUACGAACUCUAAGUGUAUGGUACUGUGUUGUGUAUGUACAUUCCUCAUUCAUUCAUUGCCAAUGUAAAACCUAAGUUUACCUAACUCUACAAUAAACAAAGCUUUUUUCCCCCUUCCCUCAA